AUGAGUGAGGCUGUAUUUUGGAUAUUAGCUACUUUAGUAAGUUUUGCAUGUGUAAUUACUAUAUUUGGUUUUAUUGCUGUCUAUGACCGAAGAAAAAAGAAAAGGAUUUCUGCAACACUUAAUAAUGAACAAUCUAGUAUAGAGCCAAACUUUCCAGCAACUGUUCAAAUAUCUUAUCAACAUUCCAACACAAAUUCUUCUCCAUAUCCAACUGUUAAUUCUGCAUCGCUCCCAAUCACACAGAUUAAAUCAAAGCAUUGA